AUGUCGGAAGUCGAGGUUCUGCUUACUGUGGGCAAAUUAGAUGCAUCAUUGGCACUCUUAACUACAAAGGAUCAUCAUGUAAUUGAGUUUCCUACAAUGUUGUUACCGGAUGAUGUUAAAGCAGGAUCAAUUGUUAAAAUGCACGUAGAACAGAACUUGGAUGAAGAAGCCAGACAAAGAAAGAAGUUCCAUGAAAUUCAGGAAACCAUAUUGAACAAGUAUGGUCUACAUAAGCCAUUGCCACCAAUUUCAAAAGUUAUGAAUGUUACACAGACAAGUUGUGUUCUCUCUUGGGAGCCAUUGUCAUUAGGUUCUGCUAAAUUGAAAUCAUUGAUUUUGUACAGGCAAGGCGUUAGAUCAAUGGUUGUUCCUAACCCAUUCAAAGUGACUGCAACGAAGAUAUCAGGUCUUUCAGUGGAUACAGAGUACGAAUUUCAACUAAAAUUAGUCACCACUUCAGGUCAAUUUUGGUCUGAAAAGAUUAAAUUACAUACACAUAAGAUGACUGAUAUGUCAGGUAUAACUGUUUGUCUUGGUUCACUUGAUCCAAUGCUGAAUAUCAGCGAAGAACAGAUUGAAAAGUGCUUGCAAGUCAUUGGUGCUAAGCCAUUACAAAAACAUGUUUCCAUUGAUACCACUCAUUUUAUUUGCAAUGACGAAGAAGAAGAGGAUGCAGAACUUAUUAGGGCGAAAAACAGCAAUAUACCUAUUGUUAGACCGGAGUGGAUAAGAGCAUGUGCUGUGGAGAAAAGAAUUGUAGGAGUUAGAGGAUUUUAUCUCGAUGCAGACAAGAGUAUUUUGAAAUCUUAUACUUUCCCUAAGGAACAAGAACUAGUUCCAAAAGAAGCAGAAGGACUACCUGCAGCACAAUCAGAAGAACAAGCAGAAGAGCUCCCUGAAGAACAAGCAGAAGAUCUUACUGAAGAACAAGCAGAAGAGCUUCCAGAAGAAAAAACAGAACUGCAAUCUGAAGCGCAAGCAGAAAAACAAACAGAAGGAGAAGCUGAAGCACAAACUGAAGAAUUACUCGAAGAGCAAUCAGAAGAACAACUCGAAGAAGAACAUGAGGCCUUAGAGGAACAUGAGGCCUUAGAGGAACAGCUGCCCGAAGUUAGAGAAGAAUCACCUUCUAAUGUUGAAGAAGAUGCGACAAAAAAAGAAGAGAAUCUCACUGUCGAAGAGAAUGAAGCAUCACAACAAGAUGCUAACGACCUUGAAUCACUCACCGGAGCAGCAGAAGUCAAUAUCGAGGCUGAGAACCCCCAACUAGCUGAAAAAGCUGAAGAACCCUCCGUUCCGGUCGAUGAGACAUCUAAUGGGGAUGUUAUAGAGAACGGGACUACAGGUUCCGAUGCUGAACUACCAAACACAGAAAGAGAAGAGAUAAAUGAAGAAGCACAAGAAAAGUCUGUCAUGCAUAAUGAAGAAAUUGGAGAGAACAUGGAGCAACAGAUUGAAGCAAAUAGCAUAAGUGACGAUGCUGGGCCUAACACUACCGAGCAAAACAUGGACACUCUUUCUGCAGACCAAACUGAAGGUCUCUCCACAGAAGAAACAGACAAUGCUCCAGAAGAACAAGAAUCCACAACGACUAACAAAGCAGCCACCGUAUCAAAAAGAAAAAGAACAAGAAGAAUAAGAAGAAGGGUAAAAAAUGAUCUGAUCUGA